CCGCCUGCCCUCACAGGGCGGCUGCGCGGGGCCGGGCGGCGGUGGGGUGGCACCGGGAGCGCUCCGGAUCGCUCCGAGCCGAGCGGGGCUGCGGGUCUCGGUGGGUGCUUUUGUGGGCCGUGUGAGGCGGAGCGGGCGGUUUGAGGGAGCGAGACCAGCCGGUGUUAGGAAAGGAGCAGCUUCGUGGCCGGGUGGAGUCGUUACAAGCUUCUUCCCUCCAUUUGCAUGUGCAUUGGAAUAGUGGCUGCUUUAAUCAUUGCAGGACUUAAAGCAACCUCCCGCAAACAUGGCAGACGAGGACCUUAUUUUUCGUAUGGAAGGGAUUGAUAAUGGUAGAUCGACUAAAGUGAACUCUGGAAACUAUCUUGAUGCUGAUAGUGAUGAUGAAGACAACUACUAUAUCUGUCCAAUAACUGAUGAUCCAGUUUCUAACAAGUCUGCCAGUAUCAAAGUUGACAAUUAUUAUAGCAACUUAGCAAAAACUGAACAGUACAGUUCCAGCUCUUCUCCUAGAAACUCGUUUAGCUUUAAGAAUGACACACAGCAUCGCUCUAAGCACGGCUCUGUGGUUGACCGUAGUCGGGAAACCUGGAAACAUGCUAUUGAGAAGGCUAAGCACAUGCCUGAUCCAUGGGCAGAAUUUCAUCUUGAGGACAUUGAGACAGAACAUGCCACUCGCUACAGGUACAAUGCAGUUACUGGGAACUGGGUUGAAGAUGAAGUUCUCAUCAAGAUGGCUUCACAACCCUUUGGCCGUGGAGCAAUGCGAGAAUGUUUCAGGACGAAAAAGCUGUCCAACUUUUUACACACGCAGAACUGGAAAGGUGCCUAUAACUAUGUUGCCAAGCAGUACAUAGAGAGCGUAGGCAGGGAGGUAUAUUUUGAGGAUGUCCGACUUCAGAUGGAAGCAAAACUCUGGGGAGAAGAGUACAAUCGGCACAAGCCACCAAAACAGGUGGAUAUAGUACAGACCUGCAUUAUUGAAAUGAAGAACAGACCUGGAAAGCCUCUUUUUCAUCUGGAACAUUACAUUGAGGGCAAAUACAUCAAAUACAACUCAAAUUCUGGAUUUGUGCGAGACGACAACAUUCGUCUUACUCCGCAAGCCUUCAGUCACUUCACCUUUGAGCGCUCAGGACACCAGCUCAUUAUUGUUGAUAUCCAGGGAGUCGGAGAUCUUUACACAGACCCUCAGAUACAUACGGAGAGUGGUACAGAUUUUGGAGAUGGCAACCUAGGUGUUCGAGGAAUGGCCUUAUUCUUUCAUUCUCAUUCCUGCAACAAGAUUUGCAAAAGCAUGGGCCUUGCACCAUUCGAUCUUUCAUCGAGAGAGAAGGAUGCCUUGGAUUAUAAUAACAAAUUGCUUGAAUCUGCUCAGACAAUUCUACGUGGCACAGAGGAAAAAUGUGGCAGCAGCCGGGUGAGGACAAUUUCUGGUAGUCGGCCUCCUCUGCUGUCCCGCCUGUCUGAAAACUCUGGAGAUGAGAGCAUGAGCGAUGUGGCAUUUGACUCUCUACCCUGCUCUCCUUCUUCAGCAACACCUCACAGCCAAAAGAUGGACAUGCUUCAUUGGCCGGUGUUUAAUGAAGUAGAUAACUUGGUUCACAAAGACUAUGAUCAGCUUGAUAACCAAAGGGAUUUUGAAAAUGGUGGAGACAGUGGAUAUCCCAGUGAAAAAAGAAGUGAGUUAGAAGAUCUGGAUCAUAGAGAUAGGGGCCAUUCAAACAACAACCGAAGACAUGAAUCUGAUGAAGACAGUUUGGGAAGCUCUGCAAGGAUCAGUGUGGAGAAAUGGAAUCUCUACAAUUCUUCCCGAGUCCACAUCCACAGACCAUCCUGUGUCGCUCAAGAAAUUCAGAGGCUUAAUGCUCUAGAACUUGAAAAGAAAAUUGGGAAGUCAAUCCUUGGGAAGGUUCACCUGGCCAUGGUUCGCUACCAUGAGGCUGGACGUUUCUGUGAGAAAGACAAAGAAUGGGAUCAGGAGUCAGCUCUGUUUCACCUGGAGCAUGCUGCAGACUGUGGGGAGCUGGAAGCCAUUGUUGGGUUAGGACUCAUGUGCUCUCAGCUGCCACAUCACAUUCUUUCUGAGGUUACUCUGGAGGACACAAAAGAGAAUAGAAAAAAAGGAUUUGACUACUUGCUGAGAGCAGCAGAAGCUGGAGACCGCCCUUCCAUGAUCCUGGUAGCAAGAGCAUAUGAUACGGGUGUAAAUCUUGGUUCAGACAGAGCACAGGAUUGGAAGGAGGCUCUGUACUGGUACAAUGCUGCCCUGAACAUGACUGACUAUGACGAGGGAGGUGAAUAUGAUGGCACUCAAGAUGAGCCCCGGUAUCUGCUCCUGGCCAGGGAAGCAGAGAUGUUGAUGACAGGAGGGUUCCACUUGGAUAAGGAUCCACAGAGAUCAGGUGAGCUCUACACAGAAGCAGCAGAAGCAGCAAUGGAAGCUAUGAAAGGCAGACUGGCAAAUCAGUACUACCAAAAAGCAGAAGAGGCUUGGGCGAUGAUGGAAGAAUGACAUUGCAAUUAAGCAGUUCUUGUAUAUAAUUUUUUUUAUAUACUGUGUUUGCAGCUAAAAAGAUAUAUUUUUAUGUGGCGUUACCAGUUUAUUUUUUGUAUUUUAGUUUUCUAAUUUUUUGAGGGUGGAAAUCCAAAUGUAGGCAGUAUGUAGGGUACCAUAGUGCACUUCUGUCAGUAUUUUAAAGCUGUAAUACAGACACACUUGACCUUUACAUAUAUAUAUAUAUAUGUAUAUACAUAUACAUAUAUAUAUGAACUGUUAGAACUGAGUGGCCUGAAUUUUGUCAUUUCUUGUUUGCUUUGGGAGAAGUGAAGCUGAUGUCUGCUUGGGUUUCACAUGUCCUGCUUUUCACAUAGCAAAUGAUCAGUUUGUUUGCAUUUUUCUUCUUGCCACACACAGAAUAUUUCAUUUUUUCCUAGAUUCACAGCAUUUCUUCAUUUUUGGUGUAUCUCACCAAAUUUGUGUGUGGAUAUAGAUUUUCGAUUUAAGCAUGCCAAGCAUGCCUACUCCUAAUAAGUAAUCCCACUUUAUCAAUAGGCACUGUUUCCUUCUCAAACAAAUUCCAGGUAGAAUCCAUAUGCUUUGGAGAGGAGGAGGGGAAAAAAAAAAAGCUUCAGAUUAGCAGUGAGGCUCUUCUGUGUACAAUGUGUGAUUACCAGCAUUGCGUAUUUUCAGAAAAUCACUAAUGUUCCUGAUGAGGUGAGGAAUCCAGCUACCUCUCUCAUUUUUACAUUUUGUACCAUAUAAUAACCUUAUUGUGUAGAAUUCUACUGAUCUCAUACAGUAUUUGCCCAGUGAUGUACAAUAGCAAGAUCUAUAAUAUAUUAAUAAUGUGUAGUUAUUUUUACAGUGACAUCUCAAUUUUCAGCAAAGCUAAGAAGUUUCAUUUGAAAUGCUGGAAAGUGUGUUCUCAUUUUCAGAGGGACAUUUGAAAAACUUAGGGGAUGUUGAUUCAGCCAUUAUUAUACAAGAUAAAUUAUCUGGUUUAAAUGGCCUUGUGUGUUUUAUCUGCUGUCUUAUGAUUCAUGAAGUAACUUCACAUGAUACUUCGUGAUAGAUUUGAGCUGAUUGAUGAAGGAUAUACACAUAGCUUUACAAAUUUCCAGAUUAUGCUGGGUAAUUUAUUAAAUGCUACCAUACAUUACAAAGCUUAUUCUCUGUGGAAUUAGUGUUUGGGAGUUCUCAUCUGAAUUUUAGCAUCUUCUACAGUUUACAACUAAAUGUCCUAAAAGACAGUUCUCUUCUUCAGAAGAGACUGAGGAUGGUUUAAUGGUUUUAAAUGUCAGUUACAGAAAAUUACUGGUUUUAAGGAGAAAACAUUAUCCCCAAACACUUGAAAUUUUAUAUCCUGUUUGCAUAAUCUGAAAAGAGUAAUGUAAGGACAAAUACAUGGUGGUGGUUGACUUAUCAUGGCACAGAUAUAAAUCUCUUCCAAUUCCAGUAUUUUAUUCCAAAGCCCCAGUGCCAUCUGUACAGAGGACAUAGCAGCUCUUCCUAUUUCUUCAUCUUGGUUAAGUUGUUUUAGUUGUUGCAGGAGAUUAUGAUGGAAGCUUCAUGCUGCCUUGGCCCUACAGUCUCCUGAGGAUGUUGACUGGGAUGAAUAAAGGGCAGGUCUUAUGAAGUGCUGAGUAUCUGCAAUGCUUAGCCAGUCUCAUUUUAGCACAGCUUUUAAGAGUAUGCGUAAAAUUAAACAAGCUGCUAGAUGAUGUAGUUCAUUUCAGUGUGGUUCCUUGCAUUCACAUCCAAGGACUACUUCUUGUAAAAUGUAGAAACUGUUCAAGAAACAGAAAUUGGUUCUUCCUUUCCUUUGUGAGUGUCCCUGUCACUGGGCCCAAAGUUGCACUCCCCAUUUAUUCUUUCUGGCAAGUGGAUCUUAAAUUAUUGUUUAAACCAUAUCUAAGCAUGAUAUUAGUAACAACUGUCACUGUCUGAAAGAGAGAUGCUGGUGGUAAAGGAAGUGAGAUGGAAAGACUUGAAUCUCUUGCAGGAGAGAAGAAUCCUUGGAUUUUGUACUCCUGAGUAACCACAAAGCAGUUGCAGCCAUUAGUGUGGCCUUGCAGCAGCCACAUCUUCUUGCCAUAAAAUGUAGGGAGUGCAGGAAAUAAAUACUUAGAGUUUUUUGUUUUUCUUUGUUUUAGGGAGAGUGCCUGAUUCUGUGAGGGUACUAGGUGAAGCUCUUCACCUACUAAAUGUCUGAUUGUCCUCAGUUGGGUUUAGGUAGGUAUUGCUAGGUACUAAAAUAACCAAAUUCUUUGGACAUAAUAUGCUGAAGUUGAGCUGGAGUUAGUGGGAUCACAAGCUGGUUGGAUGCUUUAAGUACCUAUCCAAAGUUCUGCUUUAGGUACCUAAAGUCUGUUUUGGAUGUGGCCUUUUUGCUCUUUCAGUUCAUAGCAUUGUGCCACUCCUGAAGAACUUCUGAAGAACAGUCAGUGUUUUGUGCAGAACUGAUACAGUGUAGGCAUUAUAACUAAUGCAGACAAAACCUUUUGUUUUCCAUGUAAGGUGUUAAUGCCAAGUGUUUGAGGUUUUCCUAGAGAAGGAAGCAUGUGCAACCCCACCAACUAUGUAGGGAGGAGAGGAGAUUGAAUGUGACCAUCCGAAAUAUGUAAGUAAAGGACUCUAGAGUAUAAUUAUUGACACUUCUUGACAUAGUUUCAUUUGUUCAGUUCAGUAGUUGCUAAAUUUGCUGAUAGUUCUCUGUAGAUCUGACAUGCAAAUGUAUACACGUGAUUAAUACUUUGUUUACAGAGUCCUAAGGCGGUAUAUUAUUUAGCUAUACAAUAAGUAGGACUGUCAAUAAUUCAAAAAUUAAAAUUGUUUACAGAAAGAUGCACAAGUUGUUCUAUGACAUUCUUUUGAAGAGAAACUAUUUGAUAGACUUCUUGAAUGAUACUGCUAUAUGCUGUAUUUUUAAUCUAUUCACAAUGAAUAAAUCUGUAUUUUUUUAAAUGUGAAAAUAAAUCUGAGGCUUGACAUAAUUUACCUGGGUGUAGUAUUUCUGAAUGUCAUUGGGAGUGUUGCUUGGGUAAGGACAGCAAGAUGGAAGCCUCUGUUUGUAUACCAGGCAUGCGAAUACUAAUUGCCUGCAUCACACUGUUUGUUUUUAUUCUGGCUGGUCAAUAAAGUUGUUCUCUUUUGUCACUUUUCUCA